AUGAUCAACUCACCCGAAAUGGAUAUUGAUGAACAAAUUUGGGAAGGAGAAACUAUGCUUUUGAACGCUGUUCAGUCAAACGAAAUAGAUAUGGUAAAAUAUCUUCUGGAAAAAAGAGUUAACAUUCAUCAUGUAGACCGAAAAGGAAAUACAGCUCUUCAUUUUGCCUACGGUGGAAAGUCUGAAAUUAUUACGUUAUUUCUGGCAGCUGGAGCUAAAGUUGAUGUCAAAAACUCAGAAAAUCAAACUCCUCUUCAUGUUGCAGCUAAUAAAUCAGACACAGAAAUGAUAAAUAUUCUCGUAGAAGCAAAAGCAGAUAUAAACUGCUUAGAUAAUCGUGGCCAAACACCGCUUGCAAUUUGUGUUGAAAACUCAGAUUUAAACACGGCAACAUGUUUACUACGACAUGGGGCAGAGGUUAAUAAAGGUAAUAACCAUGGGGUUACUCCCCUUAUUCGGGCCGUUACAAAACAAGACGAGAAGCUCGUAGAUAUCCUAAUUGUUCACAAAGCAGACGUGAACUUUACAGAUCACAAACAAACCACAGCGUUAAUUUAUGCUUUAAUGAACGUUAACAAACAUAUUGUGUCAAAACUGAUUCAGGCUGGUGCUGAUGUUAACAAGAAGACAACAUGGCGUUAUCGAGAUGCAAAUCGUAUUAAAUAUGACCUUUUGGAAGAGGUGAAAAACACUUUGCUGGAUACGUCUGAGCAUAACCUCACACCUUUACACAUAGCAGCACAAACGUUUCCUCAACACCCAGCACAUAAAUCAGUUGAGGUAGUCAAUGUACUGUUGAAAGGAGGGGCAAAUGUUCAUGCAGUUGAUGAGGAUGAUAGAACUCCUCUACACAUCUCAGCAAUAUAUGGUGAUUUGGACAUCGUAAAUUCUUUAAUCAAGGCUGGAUCGAAUAUAAACGUCACAGAUAAAUUUGGAAACACUGCACUUUUAAUGUCCUUACUUUACAAUAAUAAAGAGGUUUCAAAAUAUUGUAUUGAAUCUGGGGCGGAUGUAAACUUAAUAUGUGAAUCUCAAUGCUCGCCUUUAUAUGUAGCCGUGCUUUACAACAAUACAGAGCUUGUUCAAAUGUUGAUCCAAAAAGGUGCACUUUUAGAUAAAGGCAGAAAAUCUGAGUUUCUGAUGGCUCUCAAACAUAUAUAUAUAAAUCUGUCAAUACUUUUACUGGAAAAUGGCGUUAAUGCCAACGUUAAAGAUGAUACUCAAACACCUGCGUUGAUAAUAGGUUUACAACUUUCGAAAUUUAACAAAACGUCAAAAUCAAGUCUUGGAGACAUCGAGAGAAGUGAGCAGUUGUUUACACGCAAACGUAAACGUUUAUACUGCCUAGAUCCUAAUGAAACAACAGUGCCCACAACAGUGCCCACAAAAGUGUUUGUUUCCAAUAAACAAAGUAUAAAAACAAAAGCUCUAAUUGAGUCCAUGCUCCAGCACGGUGCCAACGUUUCUUUAGCAGACAUUGAAGGCAACACUUGUCUGCAUGAAGCUGCUCGAUAUUGCAGCAAAGAGAUAUUGGAGUUACUGUUGCAUUACAAGGCGGAAGUAAAUCAACAGAAUGUAAAUGGUGAAACCCCACUAAUGAUAGCUUGUGUGAGCGGCAAUGUUGAGGCUGCCGAGAUUUUACUUAAGGCAGGAGCCAACGUGUUUCUGGUUGACAAAAAUAAAAACACAGCAUUACACCAUUGUGCACAGAAUAGAACUGAAUUGCUUCCCUUAGUCGAAAAGCUCGUCUUACAUAGUAACCAAAAUAAUGAUGAGUUCAGGCAAGAAAAUACCUUGGUAAGUAAUGCUAACCAAACUGUUAGGGCACAGGAAAGCGAUUUGUUUGUCAACAUGACGAAUGAUAACAAAGAAAGCGCUAUUCACAUAGCUUGCAAAUUAGGGCUUCUCAACAUUGUGAACUUUUUGAUAGGUCAAAAAUGCAAUCUAGAUUGUAUUACUUGCGCAGGGCAAACACCUCUAAUGAUUGCAUUAAAACAUCAGUUUAUAGAUGUUGUGAAAUCUCUGAUUGAAAACAACGCCAACGUAAAUAUACGAGACAAUGAUGGUGAAACUGUAUUACAUGCUGCAGUAAAGAGAGAUGAGAAUUACCUGCAAGACAGAACAAGGCAAACUGCUUUGCACUGCGAAUCCAAAUCUUCUAAUUAUUCAAUUAUUUCUGCAUUAUUAGAAUUAGGAGCAAAUCCAGAUAUCUCUACGAAUGAAGGCAUUACGGCCUUAAUGAUCGCUGCCAAUAAGGGAAACAUACCUGUCGUAAAACUUUUAGUACAUAACGGAGCUAAUGUUAAUAUGCAAGAUUGUGAGGGGAGGAACGCUUGCAUGUACGCUGUAAUGGUUGUUAAAAACACAACAGAUUCAUAUCUUGGAACAUACAGAGAUUUUCAUUAUAAUCAUCGUGACUUAUUUAGAAGUCAUUUAAAUGUAUUUAGAAAGACAGCUGAUAUCUUUGAAAUUAUCAAUGUACUCGUUACUGCUGGUGCAGAUUUAAACAUUUUGGAUAAUGAAAAUCGAUCUAUAAUUGUGUAUACUUUACUAAACGUUGAACGAAACUCCCAGAAAGAAUGCAUUCAAAGGUUUUUGAGACUUGGUGUUAAUCUAAUCCUGCAUGAAAAUCACCGUUAUUUAUUAAAUAAAUUUAUGUUGACAUAUAGCACGAGGGAUUUCGGAGAAAUAUGUAAUACUGUACUAAAAGAGGAUUUUAAAAUUUGUUUCCAAUUUCUCCUGAUCAAUGGAAUUACCUUGAAACAUUCAAGGAACUAUUACACUCAAUGUCCUGAGUCAAAUUUUAGAUGGGUUUUUCGGAACAAAAACUUUGAUUUCCUUCGGUUCUUUUUAGCCACGGGCUUUAUCUUUACAUCUGACUUAAAGAGUUUGCGUUAUGACAAAUACUUUAAAGACGAUGUUGAUGAAUACUUAGAGUACAAUGACUCACUACAUGCUGAGUUAACUUUGGCCAAAAUAGAACCCUGGCCACUGGUCAAACUAGCUUUUAUUGAAGUCUCCACCUUACUUGGGACUGGACCUAUGAGAGAAGAAAAACUAAAACAGACCAAACUCCCACCAAGAUUACAGCGAACGUUGAUGUUUCAAGAACCAAUAUCAAGAUUACCUGUAAAAGACUGGUCUAGAAUACCUCUUUGUUUUGACCCAGUACAGUACGAGACUUUACCCUGUCCUAGACCUUUACUCUACUACUGGCCAGUUGGUCAUAGGCUGGUUAACUGA